CGACAGCUUUUGCCGAUAAUAACAGCGCCAUGUGGAAAGCUUUGAGGAACCCAUUGGUCGGUCAUCAAAAUUCCUUUGGUGAGUUAAAUAACUGAAAUUUUAAAUUUCUACCAGGUUGUCGACAUCGUAUUCGCCAAGCUUAACCUCUUCGAGUUGAAAUCGGCUCGUCUCGUGUGUCGCGAGUGGGGCGAGGUCGGCGCCAGUGUGCUAGGAAAACGGACAUUCCUCAACGCCAGCCAGCUUUUCCGCAACGACGGGUCAAAAUUGUACCAAACGACCCCCGUGGCUCAACAUCUGACGCGGCGCCUCGCCAUCGAGGAUGAAUUUAACCCCUCCGUCCCCACCAAAAAGGAUGCCAACGCCGUCGUCAUCACUAAAGUUCUCUCCGCUCUCGUGUCCCAAUUUACUCGCGAAAUCAAAUUUGACGUCUACCGGGAGGAAGGGGCGAUUGCUUUUGUCAACGGGAUGAGGAAGCUCAAGAAGUCCACGACGAAUAUCCAGCGCAUUUCUGUAUCCGCCUGGCAGAUGCCGGGGGAAGCAGGGUAUCCAGCGUAUACUAAAAAACUACCCGUUCAAACUAACCUGACCUCCAUCGAGUUCAAAGUUUACCGCCUCAGUCGAAAAAGGAGCCUCGGGUUCCACGCAUUUCAACCUCUCCUUCAAAUCCUGCUGGAUUCGGCACCUAAUUUGACCUCUUUGGACGUCAUCUCGCCUUUCUACCCGAACCUGGAGGGGUGCAAAAAACUCAAAGUUCUCAAAUUUAUGCCUUACGUUUUUCAAAACUUCGACUUGGCCGCUGAAAUCGGGAUGUUGGCGCAGGUGAAGGAGUCCCUGAUUGAGAUGGAGUUAAGAUACGUCGGUGAUAAAAUGAUUGAAAUGCCACGGCAGAGCCAGAAUCUGGACGUUCCCGUGAUGUCCAAACUUGUCUCCCUCACCAUCUAUCCACCAAUAAUGUACUUAUUUCAAGAUUUUUUUCACGAGGACCACCUCCCGGCAUUGAAAAGUCUAAUUCUCACUACCAAAUACUUUCGGUCAGCGGGGUUCGAAUCCCAUCUAAAUCUAUGGAAGCGACAUCGAGGAGUUCAAUCUAUCAAACUACAACUGGAUAGUCUCACGCAGAUGGAUGCAAACGCACUUGGGCGACAGAUUGUCGGACUAUUUCCCUCUGUGAAGAAAUUUGAGCUAAUAUCGUAUCUCGGUUGGACCAAUUCCAUCCAGGGGAUAAACCAGAUGAUGACACCGUACCAAAACUGGAACCUGGAAGAGGGUAACGUUUUCGGGGAUGGUAUAAAUGCAUCCUCUACAUUUUUCGCAGUCCUGGAAAACAUGGCAAAGUGGAAAGGAGUUAAACGUGUCCACUUCAAGUACCAGAGGUCCACGAGGGAUGCCUUCUUUGCCGCCAUUAAGGAUCUCAACUUGCAGAGUAGGGGAUUUAAAAGUGUGAAAAUCAGCGAUUACAACCGUAUAACAAUAACAGACCCGGAAAUUUUGGAAGUAUUAACCGAUUUUUGAAGACCCAAUUCGUGUCACGGGAGGUGUUGUUCGCAAUUAAGUUUUAAAUUAGCAUAAAAUGGAAAUUAAUGUGUAAUUUUAGAUGGUCAACGCCAAGAUAGCCACUUUUCAUCAUCACAAUGUGUAAUAUAUAUUU